UUACUAUUACAAACUAUGACAAUGCUCGCCAUCUUUUUCAUCUUUGUCUUCUUCUGUUUUCCUUCUCUCUCCCUCUCUCUCCCUUUAGUUAUCACCAUCGAGCCUGGACGCUUCCAACAGCUCGAUCUAGGCGGUCUCGCUGGGCCAGAGAGCAUAGUCUUCGAUCCAAUGGGCAACGGUCCUUAUACGGGUGUCUCAGACGGUCGAGUUCUUAAAUGGCAAGGCGCAGCCCGCGGCUGGACUGAGUUUGCAGUCACUUCACCACGCAGGAAUGAGGAGUGCAACGGCCAUAAAAACCCUUGGUUAGAAGACAUGUGCGGUAGGCCACUAGGCUUGCAAUUCAGUAAGGCCACCGGCGAUCUGUACAUUGCGGAUGCCUAUCACGGGCUCUUUGUGGUGGGGCCCACUGGAGGAUUGGCCACCCAGCUAGCCAGUGGGGCCCAAGGGGUCCCCUUUCACUUCACCAACGGUCUGGAUAUUGACCAGGCGACCGGGAUUGUUUAUUUCACGGACUCUAGCAUGAUAUACACAAGGAGGGACAACACAUUGGUCACUAUAAGCGGGGAUCGGACAGGAAGGUUGUUGAAAUACGAUCCACGGAGCAAAAAGGUGACCGUGUUGCUUAAAGGCCUCGUCUACCCAAAUGGGGUGGCAAUUAGUAAGGAUAGCACAUUCCUCCUCAUCGUAGAGACUAGCACUCAAAGAAUUUUGAGGUUUUGGCUUCAGGGUUCUACAGCUGGAGCCCCCCUUGAAGUUUUCGCCCAACUAUCAGGAUACCCAGAUAACAUCAAAAGAAACCCUAGAGGAGAAUUUUGGGUAGCCGUCGCAUCCAUCAACGGUGUGAUUGGAAUCUCUUUUAAUGAGAAUGGUGAGAUCACGAAGGUAUUAAAUGAUAAAUUCGGAAAAAUUACUUCACGUCUUAGUGAAGUAGGAGAAAACAAUGGGAGUUUAUGGUUGGGAUCUGUGGUCGCGCCCGAUGUUGGCAUUUACAAGCUUUAGACACUUGUAUAGUUAAUUUGCUAGUAAUGUGGUUAAUUAUAACAUUUAUUUAUGUUUUCAAUGUUGCCA